AUGGCUAUUCUAGAGAUAACGUACUUAAGCGUUGAACAUCCGAAAGUGGAUUAUAUCAAUGAAAAGUAUCUCGUUUAUGCUAAUCUAACAUCAGAGAGGUUUAGUCGAUCGAACCCGGUGUACUACGUAGGCCUCCACUUCCACCACCUCAUGCCAUGGGGUAGUAAUGUCUAUAUAGAUAUAUAUUUCUACGAGUUGCUGUCGAACCAGUACAAACGCAGCUUUGUUGAGAUGCACUUCGAUUGGUGCUACCUCGUCGAGAAAGACCUGUUCUUUGGCGCCGCUGUAAGAGCAGGAGGAUAUAAAGGGGGAUGCCCUCAUCCACCGGGUAAAGUCAACCUGUACAACAUGACAAUCAAUCCUGCGUAUAUCCCUAGGGGCUUCCCUUUCACCAGAGGCAGGAUAUAUGCUAACUUCUCAUUGACUAAGACCAAAGAAAGAGUGGCUGAAGGACAUAUCGAUAUGAGAAUAGCGACCGUCGAAGCCAAGAGUAUCAAAUCGUUGUUCUAGUUCAAUGCGUCUGUUUGAUAUUUUGUAUAAGAAUCUCCGUUAAUUUUGUAAGAAAUGUUAAUUGCACUUUAAUAGUGUUUUAUAGAAAAAUUAUGAAUAAA